AAACCCUUUUACACUUUUGUCAGUUUUCAUAAAACUAAGUGCCAAGAUUUUUCUUGAGACAAUAUAUCUCGCCUCGGAAUAAAAAAAAAAAAUGCGCAUUUUUUAACCUGUGACAAACCUCGUGUUUCCUCCCGCAGGACCGCUGGUGGUGGUGACGGUGGCGCUGGGAGACACGGCCAGGCUCCCAUGCCGCCACCCUCAGAACCCCGACGACACGCUCAACCUUGUGCUCUGGUACCUGAACCACACGUCCAGACCCUUCCUCAGUUACGACGCCCGGGCAGAAGCCAGCAAGAACAGCAGCGCCGACAACAGCAUCAGCAGCAGCGACGCCGCAGCCUUCGUCAGCAGCAGCAAGAGCAACGCGAAGAUUGAAGAGAAAGAACACAUGACGCUGGACGGCGGAGGGACAUUCCUCGUGAUCCACGACGUCCAGCCCGAAGACGAGGCCGAGUACCGGUGCCGCGUCCACUUCCGGCUGUCGCCCACGUGGACGCAGCGCCUCCUGCUCGUGGUGGAAGAGGAGGUGGACGGCAUCGAGAUGGAAGACGGGUCGGGGCGCGCCGUCGGGGGCCGGGUCGGGCCUCUGGAGGAGGGUGCGAACCUUACUCUCACCUGCCAAGGAUUCCAUGGCGCCAGUAAAGUGGUUUCCUUCUCGUGGUUUCUGGACGGCGAGGAGCUGGACACGUCGUGGGCGUCGGCCGGCGAGGGCGUCGUGGUCAACCAGCUCAAGGUCGCGGGCGUGGAGCAGCGCCACCGCGAUGCCCGCGUGACCUGCCGUCUGGUCACCGUGGACGAGGGUCAGGCCGACCAGCUCGCCGCCAACAUCACGGACCGGACUGCCGUCAUCGCCAUGUUCUAUGUCCCGGACGCCAGGAUCGUCGCGGAGGGGGGACGCGCCACCGGAGGAGGGGGGCGGGAGCUGAAGGAGGGCGACGGGGUCACCCUCCUCUGCUCCGUGCACGCCGACCCGCCCGUCUACAACAUCACCUGGCUCCAUAAUGGACGCGUGGUGGGCGUGGGCGGCCGCCGCUGGAUGCGCGACAACGCUUCGCUGGUGGUGUCGCCCGUGGACCGCGAGGACGCCGGCCUCUACACCUGCCUGGCCUCCAACAGGGAGGGCGACGGCCACUCCAACGCCGUCCAUGUCCGCGUCCUCCACCCCCCCUACUGCGAAGGACCCGCCCACCGCCACAGGUUCGUCGCCAUCAACACCUCCGUCACGCUCAGGUGCCAGGUGGAGGCCAACCCAACAGACGUCACCUUCACCUGGAAGAUCGGCAUUUCAACUCCGCAGAGCCAACCCGAGGGCGGAGGGAACGCCGCCCCCGCCACUGUGCAGCACCCUCCUGGGGAUCCGCCCUCGGAGGCUGUCCCCGUGUCCAGUUUCCUCCCGCCAGCGGAGUCCUGGGAGCCCUCGCAGCACUAUGUAUGGGAGGUCCAGUCCGACGAAGGGAGCGCCGCCUCCGAGGUCGAGCACGACGUCGACGCCGAACACCCCGACCGGUCCUCCGUCACCCUGACGCCCGCCGCCUCCACGGUGGUGGGCUGCUACGCCAAGAACCGCGUCGGCCACAUCCGGGUCCCUUGCACGUACACGAUCACUGUUGUGGAACCGCCCAGACCACUACACGACUGCGGCGUGACGAUGGUGGGAGUGACCCGCAUGGUGGUGAAGUGCGAGGACCCCAUUCAUGCUCAUGACGACUCCGCCCACAACGGUCAGGUCGAACACUCGCCCAGCCUCAGCUUCGUGAGGUCACCCGAGGCCAGCACCAAGGCCAACCUGGAGGUGUGGUCAGAAGGCAUCUUGCUGGUCAAUAUGAGCGACUCCAGGCCUGUGUUCAACCUGCAUGGCCUCCCACCCUCCGCCAAUCUUAGCCUGGUCCUGUACACGGCAACGCCCCAUGCCCGCUCCUCGCCGCUCUACCUGGACGCCCGCACCCUCCCUCGCCCAGUGUUCUACGCCCCAGCGCCGCCGCCGACCCAUCCCCCACCCGAGCCAGGGCCGGAAACCGAGUGGGCGCAUGAUGGUCUUGGCUGGAAGAUGGGCGCCGCGGUCGGGGGUGUGGGCGUGGUCGUGCUUGUGCUGGUAGCAGCGGGGAUGCGGGCGUGGGCGCGACGGCGGGCGGCAGCGACGCCCUCGGCCGACGGGAGCCUCACGCCCUCCCAGGACCAGAUCCUCCACGAGCCCAGCAUCGAGACCCAGGCCCUAGAGGAGUCCCUGAGUGACAUCCCUGGGUUGCUGAGCUGCGAGUCCACCACCAGCACACACACCACACCCACACACCUCAACUUGCAUGAGAGGUUCCCGCAGAUGAGGCCUUACGAGGACACUAUGGUGGGAGGCCCUUGGUUCGAGGUCAAGUAAUUCAAGAACCUGCAUAUCAAUGGACCCCAACGCACUUCUUGUGAAGCAACCUUUCCUCCUCACUCACGUCCUGCUCUUAUCUCCUCUUCACCCGCUUCGCCUUCAGCCCCAAUUACGUUCUUUCGUGUUUUUUUUCUCGCCCAUCUAUCGUUUGCGUCGAAUCCCUCUCCUUUUCGUUUUUCCAUGUGUUUCUCAGUAACUUGGGUUCAGUAUUUCUUCCUCAAGCCACCUCUUGCAUCUGUUGUCAGCGCACAACACUCCCAUAUAUAACCUUUUAUUUAUUAUUACUAUUUUUUUGUUUCCUCCUUAGCCUCCCCCUCCCCCUUGCCCCAACCUGCCGAGCCCCUCGACUUCCCUUACUCCUACACCUACCCCCCUUCCCAUCCCCCCACACAGAGGUCCAGCCAGAGGAUAAUUUGGUCACAGAUGGAUCAGCUGUUUGUAUAUUUUGUAAUAAAUAAAACUAAUUUUGUGUG